UCUAUUACUCCUCCAAUUGAGUACCGACCUUUAAAAAAUAAAAACACUACUGGUUUUUGUUGUUUCGUUUUCAUAGGCUAGGGUUUACAGAUAAAUCCCAAAUCCCAAAUCCCAAAUCUCAAUUGUUCAAAUCGCAAUCCCAAAUUCUAAACCCUAAUUAUUCAAAUCGCAAUCCCAAUCACAAGAAUUUACGGCGAAUUACAAAAUCAGUUCAAUCUCUCUCUACAAAGUUACAGAUUUCAUUUCAUUGGAGUUUUCUUCUCUAUCGAAAAAUUCCGAUUUUCAGCAUCAACUCAAGUUAUUUUUGAGCGAACAAGUUCAAGAAACUUUCGGCGAUUACUAUUGUAAGUUAUCAUUGUUGAAUUUUAUAGUUCUGAAGUUUACAAUUUUGAAGAAGUUUAUAAUUAUGGGAGCUAAAAAAGAGGGAGAUAACGAGAGUUCAAGAGAUGGGAGACGAAGUGAGAGGCGAAGGAGGGAGGAAAGAGAUGAUGUGAAUAGAAAGAGAAGAGAUGAUGAAGGAGAUAAGAAUGUGCGUGAUUCUGAUGGGGAGGAUAGGCGAAGAGAUAGAGAUAGACGAAGGCGAGAAAGGCGUAGGUAUGAUUCCUCGGAUGAUGAUCGCCACACAAAGAGGGAGAGUUCGCGGAGGAGGAGUAAUCAUAAGGAAGAUAGAAGACAUGAUGUUGAUGUUGAUGUUGAGGAUGGGGAGGUAAAGAGAGAAAAAGUGACAGAAUUUGUGAAGGGAGACGAAGCUGUAAAGCCGCCGCGACAAACCGGAAAUUUGAAUCCUGUUGGUGAUGUUGCCACCCUUGGGAGGACAGGAGGUGUAUACAUUCCGCCAUUUAAGUUAGCUCGAAUGAUGAAAGAGAUUGAGGAUAAAAGCAGUCCUGAGUAUCAACGUUUAACGUGGGAUGCGCUUAGGAAGAGUAUUAAUGGACUUGUCAAUAAAGUAAACGCGACCAAUAUCAAGAACAUUAUUCCUGAACUUUUUGGUGAGAAUUUGAUUAGAGGGAGGGGUUUGUUUUGUCGAUCGUGUAUGAAAUCACAGAUGGCAUCUCCAGGUUUUACUGAUGUGUUUGCUGCAUUGGUUGCUGUGGUUAAUACUAAGUUCCCUGAAGUUGGGGAUCUUCUUUUGAGGAGGAUUGUAUUGCAGCUUAAAAGAGCUUACAAACGAAACGAUAAGCCUCAACUGAUAGCUGCUGUCAAAUUCAUAGCACAUCUUGUGAAUCAGCAAGUUGCUCACGAGCUUGUGGCGUUGGAGUUGCUAACGAUUCUGUUGGAGCAGCCUACUGAUGAUAGUGUGGAAGUUGCUGUUGAUUUUGUCAAGGAAUGCGGCUCUAUCCUUCAAGACCUUUGUCCCAAGGGUCUCCAUGGUAUCUUUGAGCGAUUCAGAGGAAUCCUUCAUGAAGGUGAAAUUGACAAAAGGGUCCAAUUUCUGAUUGAAGGCCUUUUUGCCAUCAGAAAGGCUAAAUUCCAGGGACAUCCAGCUGUUCGACCUGAACUGGAUCUUGUGGAGCCAGAAGAUCAGCUCACUCAUGAGAUUUCCCUGGAAGAUGAGAUAGAUCCUGAGACUGGUUUAGACAUUUUCAGGCAAGACCCUGAUUUCUUGGAAAGUGAGAAACGUUACGAGGAGUUGAAGAAAUCUAUACUAGGAGAUGAGUCAGAAGAUGAGGAUGCUUCUGAUGCUGGAUCUGAUGAGGAAGAAGACGAUGAGGAAGAGGAUGAAGAUGACGAAGAGGAGCAAAUGCAAAUUAAAGAUGAAACAGAGACUAACCUUAUAAAUCUUCGAAGAACAAUAUAUCUAACAAUCAUGUCCAGUGUUGAUUUUGAAGAAGCUGGCCAUAAGUUGCUAAAAAUCAAACUUGAACCCGGGCAAGAGAUGGAGCUGUGUAUAAUGUUGUUGGAGUGCUGCAGCCAAGAGAGGACAUAUCUCAGAUAUUAUGGUCUGUUGGGCCAACGCUUUUGUAUGCUUAACAAAGUACAUCAGGAGAAUUUUGAGAAGUGCUUUGUUCAGCAAUACUCGAUGAUUCAUCGCCUUGAGACAAACAAGUUGCGUAAUGUGGCAAAAUUCUUUGCUCAUUUGCUGGGCACUGAUGCUCUUCCUUGGCACGUGUUAGCUUACAUACGUCUGACAGAGGAGGACACUACUUCUUCAUCCCGUAUCUUCAUCAAGAUCCUCUUCCAGGAAUUGUCUGAGCAUCUAGGAAUCCGCCUACUGAAUGAACGACUUAAUGAUCCAACAAUGGUGGACCAGUUCGAGUCAAUAUUCCCACGAGAUAAUCCUAAAAACACACGUUUCUCUAUUAAUUUCUUCACUUCAAUUGGUCUUGGAGGUAUAACAGAGAACUUGCGGGAGUACUUAAAGAAUAUGCCGCGAAUGAUAAUGCAACAACAGAAACCAGAAUCAGAAGAUGAAUCUGGUUCUGACUCUGGCUCCGGCUCCGGCUCCGGCUCCGGCUCUGAUACAAGCUCAUCAGACUCGGAGUCAUCCUCUUCUGAAUCAGAUUCCUCAAGCUCAGAUGAGAGUGACAGUGACGAUGAUAGGCGUAAGAAAAAAAGAAAGAAUGCAAGUAGUAGUGGUGGUGGUAGAGAUAGGAAGCGGAGGAAGGGAGAUUAGUAUCACUUUCAGUACACAAGGAAAGAACGAUUGUUUGUUCUGUAAACGAAUUUUGGUACUCUCCCCCUUUAAUCUCCAAUAUACGAUUUAUUUGAGCAUGAUUAGUGUUAUUCUUGUUACAUAUGAUAAUUGCAAUGUAGUUGCUGUAGCUUCAGAUUCAGCGGUAAAUGUAACUUUUUGGGCCUUGAGAUUAAUUUUGUUUUACA